AUGCCUCCGGCCGCCAGCCCCGCCGCCGAGCGCCUUCCUCCCGUCGCCCCGAUCUGGAUCCCGAGGGAGACCGCCUCGCCACCGGUUGCCGCGCCGCCAUGCCCUCCGGCCGCCAGCCCCGCCGCCGAGCGCCUCCCUCCCGUCGCCCCGAUCUGGAUCCCGAGGGAGACCGCCUCGCCACCGGUUGCCGCGCCGCCAUGCCCUCCGGCCGCCAGCCCCGCCGCCGAGCACCUCGGCUCCCUGCCCGAUCUGGAUCCCGAGGGAGAUCGCCUCGCCUCGCCUCGCCUCUGGUCGGUUGAGUUGAUCCGCUCCCUGCAGUCUACCAAACAUCAUCUCUUGCUAGAGCCACCCAGGCAACCAAACACGUCCUUAAUGUGUGAGCGCAAAAUGGAGCGGGAGAUUGUUACUACCCCGCCCAGCCCAUGGAAGGAUAAGGAGUUGGAAAGCAGAAGCGAACCUCGAUCCCUCGCUCGCACCCGCUCCCCCCGCUCGGUCCGCUCGCCGCCCCUCCCCCGCUCGCCUCGGCCGCGCCGCGCCGCUCGCCCUCGCCCCAGCUCCCCCAACACGCUCGCCGCGGCCGCGCCGCGCCGCUCGCCCCGCGCCGCGCGCGCCCCGCUCGGCCGUCGCCGCUCCGCUCGCGGCGCGUCGCAGAACUCGCUGGGGAACAAACAGGGUGCCGCGGAUCCGCCGUCGGAGACGCUGCGGCUGCGGCAGCUGGCGAUUGAGGAGGAGGACGACGCCACCAACAAUUUAUGGAAGGUGGCAGCUAGCAAUCCUUUAAGUUGUCCACUCCGCUACUUCCCCAAGGCGUUCAAGCCCCGCGCCCGGCCCGGAUCCGAGGUGGAAGACCUUGGAAAUCUGGUCAAGCUUUACGCGGACUGGCACUCUCGCUUGAUCCCUUACUACUCCUUCGAACAGUUUGUGCGCAAAGCUGAGAAAGUUGGGGCGAGUAGCCGUGUUAGGGUUGUUUAUCACCACCAAGGUCAGUGGGUUCGUGCUGUCGGAGACUGCAGGAGAUCUGGCCAUAUCAGCUUCGAUUUGCAGCAGGUGAAUGAUUUCAUACUGAUCUCUGAAAGUGUCUACACGAGGGAGCAGAUUCUGAAGAUGGAGAAGGCAAUCCUCAAUAGGCUCGAGUGGAACCUGACGGUGCCCACGCUCUACGUCUUCCUCGUGCGCUUCGCCAAGGUCGCGUCUUCCUCCUCAAACCACAAGAACGACAAGGAGAUGGAGAACACCGUCUUCUUCUUCUUCGCGGAGCUGGCGCUACUAUAGUACGGGUUGUCUACGUCGCUAGGCUCACCCUCGAGAUGACCCCGUUGUGGACCGACACCCCGAGGCACCACACUAGCUUCACUGAAGCGCAGCUGAUGGACGCCGCCAAGAUACUGAUCGGAGGGCAUGGUCUAAAGCUGCGAUUCUUUGGCCAGGAGACAAGGCGAACAUCUUGUCGCUGGCAUGGAAUGUAGGCGAUCACAGAUUGGUCCGACCAAAGGUAACCUAACCCCAGCGAGCCUCUUGUUUUGUUCAGGUAAAAUUCCUUAUUCCCUUUCCUCUUCUAUAUAUUUUUCUUUAAUUUGUAAUGCUUUCUUAAUUAUUUGUUUGUUCGGUGAGAUAGAGGAAAUAAGAUGAGUAUAUUUGAUCGUAGAAAAGGAAUUUUGUGUCAUUUCCAUGUGGUCUGUUUGUACAGGUACAACUUACUUUGCUCCACGUUGCUUAUUGUCGUAGCUGCAUCCAACAUCCAUAGUCAAAUGCUACCAUAUGUUAGGAAGUUUAUGUUGAUAUGUGAUUCUGAUAUGUUCGCCGAAUGCGGAUGUGGGAAAGGUCACAUGAUUGGGGUCAGCAGAAGAGAGUAGACAUAUUUAUUCAUGGCUUUCAGCACUUAUUUUGAUCUAGAUGGUGGCAUUGACCAGGGGCGGCAGGUGCUACAAAAUAAGGAGGAAUUGCUAGAAGCAUAGGUUUGUAGAGGUCUGGGAUUUGCGGGGAGGUGCCAUGCGACAAUGUAGGUGCAGCACUUACCAUUUUCUGUAUCGGGUACACAUUUUUUGUUAACUAAUAUCACAUGAUUAGAAAUUCUUAUUAUGAUGUCUUUGUGAACUUAUUUGAAAAUGAUAAAUCAAUAAAGCGUUUUUAUGUUUA